GAAGGAGACAGGCCAAAUCAUCAGCGAGAACGGAGGGGCACCACGAAGAGGUUGCUGGCCCACCCUGCACGGCUGUGACUCACCUUUCUGCUUCCCCUUCGCAGACCAGAUGUUCGCAGCCAUCCAGCCAGGACUAGCAGAGGGGGCCCAGUACCAGGGGGGCCUGCCUCCUGGAGCAUGUCAACCAGAGCUCCAACCGGACAGUAAUUCCAACUUUGUGGAGAGCGCUAAGGAUGCCAAUAAGAACUGGUCCGGUGUGCCAGGCAAAGUGGAACCCAUCCUGAUGAGGAGUUCCUCUGAGCCGCCUUCUGAUAACCAGGUCUUCCGAGCCACAAGGCUCCCGGAGGCAGGAGUCCGCAGUCCCCCGGAGGGCGCAGAGAUCCCUGGUGCUGAGCCUGAGAAGCUGAGCGGUGCCAGCAGCAUCUGCUCUCCCCUGGAGGACAUUGGCUAUGCCAGCAGUUCUUUGAGCAUCGACAGCCUUAGCAGCAGUCCGGAGCCUAGCUGUGGGACCCCUCGAGGCCCAAGCCCUCUGGAUCCUCUUCUGCCCUCCGUGGCCCAGGCCGUGCAGCAGCUUCAGGCUCAGGAGCGCUACAAAGAGCGGGAGAAGGAAAAGCACCACGCGCACCUGGUGAUGUACCGGCGCUUGGCACUGCUCCAGUGGAUCCGGGCUCUGCAGCACCAGCUGGUUGACCAGCAGGCCCGACUGCAAGACAGCUUCGACACCAUCUUAGACAACCGGAAGGAACUUAUCCGCUGUCUCCAACAGAGGGAAGCACCUUGCAGGCACCAGGACCAGGGCUAAGGGUGUGUAUGAGGGUGUUUAUCUGUAGGCCUGUGUGCGGCUAUGCAUAAGUAAGCACGUGAGUAUUAGUUGGCAUGACUGUAAAUAAGCAUACGUGAGUAUGUAUGUGCUAAUAUGUAGGCAGGUAUGUUCAGGCAUGUAUGAAUGAACUUGUAUGUGUUAUAUGUAGCAUGUAUGUUUAUAUAUGCAUGUGUGACUAGGUACCCGUGAAUGUGUAUAUAUUCCUGAAAAAGGUGUAGAGGCAAGAGAUGUGUGUGCGUGUGUAUUAGUUAGAAUGUACAGGCUUGUGUUUGGUGUGAAUGGACCUUUGUGUGGCACACUUACCUAUGACAGUGUUGGCAUAAGAA